GCGGCAGACGGCCCAAACCACUCUUUGCACAUGUCUCGAGUAUGUUCGGGCGCAUUCAGCGCGCCGGGCGCGCCCGGACGUGCUCCGCCUUGACGGCGCCCGACGCUGAGUGAGCCGGAGGGGAUGACGUUCGCGGGCGGGCACACGACCGGGGACGGAGGAGUGGGAGAGUGCGGGGGCGGUUGAGGAGCCGGAGGAUGGAGGAUGCCGUGCCUGGGUCAAUUGCUGGCCCCAGUGAUGGCCGGGAGGAAGGAGAGAACCAUAUGGUCCUCGGGGCCAUGUGCUCAUAAAAGCUCUCUCUCCCAUCCGGCUCCUCCGAAGGCUCCCUCCGUCUCUCCCUACGGUCCCUUCAGAGCUGCUCGCUCCUGCACGACCCUUCCCCUCCACAACCCUCUUCACUGAGCAACAUGGCUGGUCUGCAGGCUGACAAGGAUAUCCUCGCUGGUCUCGCAGAGGCCAAGCACGACGAGCUUGAGUACGAGAAGAAGAACCUCGACGACUCCACCUCACAAGAGCACGAGCUCGAUGGCAUCCAUGACGGCCUCGAGUUCCCCACCAAAGACGAGCGACACACCCUCCGUCGCGUCUCGGAUACCAUCCCUUGGAGCGCGUACUUGAUUGCGUUCUGCGAACUGUCGGAGCGGUUUUCCUACUACGGCUCGACCGUCGUCUUCACCAACUUCAUCCAACAAAAGCUACCUCCUGGUUCACAGACGGGCGCCGACGUAAAGCAGGCGGGUGCCCUUGGCCUCGGCCAGCGCGCCUCCACUGGUAUUGGUACAUUCAACACCUUCUGGGUCUACAUCAUCCCCCUCUUCGGUGCAUACAUCGCCGACACACGAUGGGGUCGGUUCAAGACCACCUGCAUUGCAGUCGCUAUUGCCCUUGUUGGUCACGUUCUCCUCAUCAUUUCCGCUGUUCCUGGUGUUAUCAACCACUCCCACGGCUCCCUCGCAUGCUUCCUCAUCGCCAUUAUAAUUAUGGGCGUCGGUACAGGUGGUUUCAAGGCAAAUGUAUCGCCGCUUGUCGCUGAGCAGUACAAGCGGACCAAGCUCUUCAUCGGCCACACCAAGAGCGGCGAGCGCGUCAUUGUGGACCCCCUGAUGACGACCUCCCGGAUCUACAUGUACUUCUACCUGUUUAUCAACGUCGGUGCGCUCAUUGGCCAGAUCUCCAUGGCCUACUCCGAGAAGUACGUUGGAUUCUGGCUUUCGUACACCCUUCCGACGCUGGUCUUUGGGCUCUGCCCCUUCGUGUUGUACUUCGGUCGCCAUAUGUACAUCACCUCGCCUCCUCAGGGCUCCGUUCUCGGCAAGUCUCUCCGACUAUGGCGGUUCGCGGCGAAGGGCCGUUGGUCAUGGAACCCCGUGCGGACUUUCCGUAACCUGAGCGCCGCGGACUUCUGGGAGAAUGUCAAGCCAAGCAACUUCAACGAGGAGACUCGCCCAACCUGGAUGACCUUUGACGACCAGUGGGUCGAUGAGGUCAAGCGCGGCUUCAAGGCUUGCAGCGUGUUUAUGUGGUAUCCUAUCUACUGGCUCACGUACAACCAACUGAACAACAACCUGACGUCGCAGGCCGCGACGAUGGUCACGAACGGCAUCCCGAACGACGUACUUUCCAACCUGGACCCCUUCGCACUCAUCAUCUUCAUCCCGAUCGUCGAUGUCUUCGUCUACCCCGGUCUCCGUCGCCUCGGGAUCAACUUCACGCCCCUCAAGCGUAUCACGCUCGGGUUCUUCCUGGGUUCCGCGGCGAUGGUUUGGGCCGCGGUUGUGCAGCACUAUAUCUACAAGCGCAACCCAUGUGGGAACUUCGUCGCGACCUGCAAGGACGCCGCGGGCGAACCGCUGACGUCGGACCUGAACGUGUGGAUUCAGACCGGGUCAUACGUUAUCCUCGCAUUCUCGGAGAUCUUCGCGUCGAUCACGGGUCUCGAGUACGCUUUCACUAAGGCACCGAAGAACAUGCGUUCGCUCGUCAUGGCUGUCUUCCUCUUCAUGCAGGCGAUUUCAGCCGCGCUCGGGGAGGCGUUCGUCGCGCUCUCGUCGGACCCGCUCCUCGUUUGGAACUACGGCGUCAUGGGCGUGCUUGCGUUCAUCGCGGGCACGAUCUUCUGGUUCCAGUACCGCGAACUUGACUCCCAAGAGGACGACCUCAACGACCUGUCCGAGGGUCACUACGACGCGAAGUAAAUCCGCAUACACCUCCGCCUCCUUCCCGCCUCCUUCCCCCUCCCCUUCCUCUCCUCUGCUGUUGGUGUCCCGGAUCUCUCCUCCCACGUAGUAGUAGUGCUUUUGUGCUGUCGGACCGUGUACGUGUAUAUUCUGCCCGCGGGCACGGCACGAUGCUGUUCGUGCUCAUGUCUUGUGAUGAUGAUGACCCGUCGAUGAUAACCCUCCCACAUGCAUACAAUCGUGUUGUAGAGCAGAUGUUUAUGACCUUUGCUGUUUGGUAUUGCUAGUAGGUAGGGCUUUCGAGUGUAGCUAAUGUGCCAGUAAU